AUGUAUACACACGUCACAAAGAUUUAAAUGCUCUUAAUUUCCCCGCGAGCUUCGCUAGGCGCUACCAGUUAUCUCGCGAUAUUAUGGGUCCUCAAACAGGACAAACGUCCUUCUUCUGCAGCGCGCGUUCCGUUAGCCAAUGAAGUCCCCGUGAGCCGGUGGCUGUGGUUCCGCUUUCACCGGAGCGAGGCGGUCAUGGCUGGGCUGCCGUUCGGAGAGGGAAGAGGGGGCCAGGCCGCCCUGGCGCUGGCCCAGGCUUGCUUCUCCAAGGGCGAGUUUGCCGAAGCCCAGAAACUGUACUCCGCAUUCAUUGGCCAGUGCGGUAGUCAAGGGAGCAAAUGCAGCCCUGAGGAUUUGGCCACUGCAUAUAACAACAGGGGGCAAACCAAGUACUUCAGCGUUGAUUUUUAUGAAGCCAUGGACGACUACACAUCUGCCAUAGAAAUCCUGCCCAGCUUUGAAGUUCCGUAUUACAACAGAGGCUUGAUACACUAUAGGCUGGGGUAUUUUGAUGAAGCUUUGGAAGAUUUCAAGAAGGCAUUAGACCUAAAUCCUGCAUUUCAAGAUGCUGUUUUGAGCUUAAAACAGACUAUUUUAGACAAAGAAGAAAAGCAAAGAAGAAAUGCCGAAAAAAGUUACUGAAAUGUUUAGCUUAUUGAGAUUUUAACUCAUGAUCCUUUAAUCUGCAUCUGACCGGCUCUGAGAUAGGCAUGGAACUAUUCUGAUUAUAUGUGAGAGUCUGCAUUUUAGAAGUGAAAGUAAAAUUAUGUGCUAACUAAUUUCUACAGAGACCAUGUUGGAUGAAUCUCUUAAUAGAGUAAAUAAAUAAAUAAUACCAA